AACAAAACAAAACUCAUGUCUUCGACGGGAACGUUGCAUUUAAACAUCCGUACGCAUAAAUUAGGAACGCCGUACUCCGUCGCCUUUCCCAACUUUAGUCGACCGGAGCCAGUUGGUUGCUACAGCAUCAACGAAUCGCGUGAAUUGGAAGACAAUGCUAACAAUGCCGGCUAUUUGCGCAUACCACCACAAACAGAUUUUCCUUUGGACCUGAAUGCCGGCAUAGAGCAAGUGCAACGCAAGCCACCAGAGCCAGACUAUCAUGAUAUUGCACAGUUAUGUCGGUAUAUUAGUCUGCACCCAAAGCUGCUGCAGUUGCAAGCCGACGUAAUUACUUUUCGUGGAAUCUUACGACAAAUUAUGGGCACGCCGUAUGAGCGACAAAAGGACUACUGCUUGGUUGCGACACUCUUUCACGGCAGCAUCUACUUGGCCAAGCUGGAAACCCCGGAGCAGCGUGAGGAACGCCAACAAAUGCCUAGUCAGCAGCAAGAUAUGUGCUCCUGGGGCUUUAAGUUCGAGCAAUACUGCACCACACAUGAUCCGCAAGAGAAGCCUAUAACGGAUGUGCCAGUAAAUGAGUCUAAGGAGUUCGCAUGCAUCUAUAGCAGUAAGCUAAAUGGGCUCAAAUUGCUUUACGGUGCAGAGAUGGAUUGCAUUAAAAGCACGCAGCGGCUUGAUUUGCGGCAAGAAUCGCAACUACGCGCGGCGCAGUUUGUGGAGCUAAAGACAAGCGCCUUAGAUAUGAAUUUCCGACAGCAGCGCAGCUUUGAUAACUACAAAUCCAGCAAUUGGUGGUGCCAAUCAUAUCUAGUAGGCAUUGGUAGUAUCUUGGCCGGCCUGCGGGAUCCGCAGGGAAUGCUGCAUGAGAUAAAGGAAUACGACGUGCGCACGCUGCAUCGCAAUAAGCCUUGGAGUGCUGCAGCCAUGGCCAACUUUCUCUACGACUUUCUGCAUGAGCUCAAAACGUUAAUGGCACAUUUGAACACACCGGAAGCCACAGUGCGUCUGGAUUUCAAAGCUGCACAAAGUCAGGUUUACUAUACGGUACUUAAGGAUGAGCAAGUGCUGCCGACAUGGUAUCGCCAGCAGCUGAGCAACAAUUAGACAACAAUUGACUUAUG